AUGAGGUCCUACCAUGGCGCCUCGGCCUCCUCCCUGGGCGCCACGGGCGACUUCCGCCGGAAGUUCGCGGAGAGCGGGCAGAACGGCUUCGUGAAGUUCUUCAACCCACAGCCGAACGGCUUCAGUUGGGGCACCACAGACUACUCGGCAACACAGCGAACUCUGGCCUGCCUCGAGGACCAAAUCUUGGCUGAAGGGCCUGAGACCAUUGCUGCCGUCCUGGUUGAAAGCAUCGUGGGUGCUGGUGGUGUCCUGGUCCCACCCGAGGGAUACAUGGAGGGUCUCCGAGCUCUUUGUGACAAGUACGAGAUCCUGCUCAUUUGCGACGAGGUCAUGGUGGGUUUUGGCCGCACCGGCCACUUCUUCGGCUUCCAACACUUCGAAGGUGUUGUGCCGGACAUCGUGACUUCCGCCAAGGGCCUCACCGCCUCGUUCAUGCCGCUUUCCAUGGUCGGAGUCCGACAGAAGAUCAAGGAUUACUUCAUGACGCACCCCAUUGGCUGGGGCUCCACGUUCCAUGCCCACCCAGUGGCUCUGGCUUGCGCCUACGAGACUGUGAAGUACGUGCUGAAGGAGAACGUGCUUGAGAAUGUGAGGAACCUGGAGCCUGUCAUGCUGGAGGAGCUUCAGAGACUGACGCUGAAGCAUGCCUCCGUGCGACAGGCCCGGGCGGUGGGCCUUUUUGGUUGCUUGGACCUGCAAACCCCCAUCGGACAGGCCGUCCAGCGCUUGGGUGAGCCAUCUCCGCCGGCAGUGCAAAGCCUACGAAAGGCGAUGUUUGACAAUGGCCUCUUCUCUCUCUUCCGGCCGCCGCUGUUGCACUGCUCGCCCCCGCUGAUCAUCAAUGAGGACCGAGCAGCUCAGGGAUGGCUUUGGCAGGCUUUCCAAGGUGGAGCUGCACUCUCGGGGUUGGAGGGCUCAGGGAUUUGGGCUGCGACUGCCUCCAUGAUAGAAGUUGGGCGAUUGCGUGAUGCCAUAAUUAAGGUUUUUCUUGCCGAUGAACCGACACCCGCAACUGAUCUCAAGCAGCGUCCGAGCAACUUAUCAAACUCCUUUACCGAGAUGUGGCGGCUCUUGGUUCUUGUUGCUGCGGCCGCAGCUGCAGACCAGUUUGAACACGGGUCUGUAAGUGGCCGGCAUGGCAUGGUCUCCACGUCGCAUCCAGAGGCUAGUGCAGCUGCAGCACACAUCUUGGAGAGAGGCGGCAAUGCAGUAGAUGCAGCCCUCGCAGUGCACUUUAUGCUUGCAGUCGUGGAGCCGCAGCAUGUCUCCAUCAGUGGCGGAGGUGUUAUGCUUUACAAGCCACUGGAUGGAAAGGCUCUCCACGUGGACUUUCGUGAGGAAGCACCAGCACUGUACCAUCCAAAGACCUUCUGCAAGAAUGCGACUUGUGUUCUUGACCCCCACUGCGACUGUAAUGGAACCUGGCCGAGCACAGAGCGCUGCACUGGCGGACAUGCUACUGGCACGCCCGGCUUCCCAGCCCUUCUUUCGCUCGCAGUGCGUGAGCAACUCGCUUCCCUGCCACUCUCAGAGAUCACGGGGCCAGCGAUAGACUUGGCGCGCAAUGGCUGGAUCAUGGACGAGGGCCUCUAUAAGAGCAUUCAGCAAUAUGCCCCGCAGCUAGCCCGAGACCCUGCUUCGCGAGCGCUCUUCUUAGAUGACAGCGGCAGUAGACCCAAGGCAGAGGUUGGCGAACUCCUUCGAAAUCCAGAUCUUGCUGACACCUUGGAGUUGAUCGUGGCUGCACCGGAAGACUUCUAUACAGGGCACCUGGGUGCAGAAUUUGUGCAAGCAGCAGCACAAGGCCUCAAUAGUGUCACAGGAAAGCAUGGCUUGCUAUCUAUGGCAGAUUUGCAUGGUUACAGGGCAGUGUAUCGUGAACCGUUGCAGUACGAGUACACCACGGUCUCUGGCAACACAUACAACAUCACCGGUUCCGCCCCGCCCUUCAGCGGUGGAGUGGCGCAAGCUCAGAUCUUCAACUACCUCGAGCAUGUGGACGGGACAGAUGCCACGGCCGCCCGCAGGCUUGGCUUUUUUAUGGAUGCGCAGAAUGCAGCAUUUGCUGACCGCAACCUGUAUGUUGCUGAUCCAGACUUUGUCGACGUCGACGUCAGGACCUUGACAUCAAAAAGCUAUGCAGCAAGCCGUGUGCAGGACUUGAUCGGUGGCUCUCAGACCAUCCGCGGGAAUGAGAUGAGGGCAUUGGCUGUACCAGUGAGCCCUGGGAUCCUAAAUUCAAAGCAUGGUGCAUCGUCGUCGGAGGAUCAUGGCACAUCCCACAUGACGAUCAUUGAUUCACAGGGAAACAUUGUGGCGAUGACCACGACCGUGAACAUGAUCAUGGGCUCGAGGGUAACCGUGCCCGGGCGUGGCUACCUACUAAACAACGAGAUGUGCGACUUCGAUGCAUUAGGCAUCGAUUCUGCCGGGAGGAUGACCGUCAAUGCUGCGGAGGGGGGCAAGCGCCCCAGGCGCACGGCUCUGGGCGACGAUGGCAGUUCUUUAGGUGGAAAACGGCCGAGGUCUUCAAUGAGCCCGACUCUGGUUGUGCCGAAAGAGCCAGGCAAAGCGGCUUUCUCAUUGCUUGGCUUGGGGGCGCCCGGUGGCUCGGAUAUUAUUGGUGGUGUAGCCAAUGUCCUGAGAUAUACCCUCACCGCCCCGGGGGUGGAUGUUCGGCAGCUGCAGAAGCACACCAACGCCCCGCGUGCAAUCGGCAAGAAUGAGCUGAAAAUGGGAAAUGCAGUCGUGGAACUCGCGCUCUACGAGGACAAAGAGACUCUGGCUGCCUUGCAGUCCUGGGGUUACAAUCUCACUCACACGCCCUAUGCUCCGCCCUACUACGUGGGGGAGACUUACUCCCGAGUGCAGUCUGCAAUGAUGUGGCGUGCUGAUUCUCCUUCUCGUUGGAUGUUUGUAGGGGCAGCAGACAAGCAGCGCUUGCCUACUUGUACAGUUCAGGCUCCGCAAAGCUCUGGUGACUCUGUUUUCCUGCCCUGA